UUUUUAUACUUAAAGAAAAAGAAAACCCCACUACAAUUAGCAAUGGCAACCCUUACUUCAGCAAGUGGCGUGGUUGCUUUACUCGAUGAACAACAACCUGAAUUGAAAGUAUAUGCUUUACAACAACUCAAUACUUUGGUGAACGAAUUCUGGGCCGAAAUCUCUGAUUCUGUUGCCAAAAUUGAAAUCUUGUACGAAGACACUGACUUUCCUGAUAUCGAGUUAGCUGCACUGGUUGCAUCGAAGGUGUACUACUAUUUGGGGGAAACAGAUGAUUCCUUGGCAUUUGCACUUGGUGCUGGAAAACGAUUUGAUUUAUCUGAAAAGUCUGAAUAUGUGGAAACGAUUAUUUCUAAAUGUAUCGAUAAGUACAUCUAUCUUCGACAACAAGAAGCCGAAGAUAGAACUGAAGAAAUGGAUGCUCGUCUUCAAGAUAUUGUCGAACGUAUGUUUCAACGUUGUGCUCAAGAUGAAGAAUAUGAACAAGCUAUCGGUAUCGCUUUGGAAUCACGACGAUUGGAUGUAGUUAAAACCAUGAUCGAAAAGGGAAACUCUUCAAAACUACUUCCUUAUGUUUUGGAAGUAUCAAUGACUUUGGUUCAACAUUUAGACUUUAGAAAUCAAGUCUUACAACUCUUGGUGCAAUUAUAUCAAAAUUUAGAAGAACCUGACUACAUUUCCGUCAGUCAAUGUCUUGUUCAUCUCAAUGAUCCUCAUUCUGCUGCCCAAAUGCUCAAAUCAUUGGUUGAAAAGAACGAAGAGCUUAUGGCAUAUCAGAUUGCAUUUGACUUGGAAGAAUAUGCAACUCAGGACUUUUUAUCCAAGGUGUCUACUAAUUUGCCUGUUCCUGUUAAACAAGAAGAAACCGAAGAAACCAAAUCUGAGGCCGACAAAAGUAAUCCUUUCCUGAAAAUCGCUUCCAUUUUAUCUGGUGAAGAAUCUAUUCGAUUAUAUUUGGAAUUCCUCUAUCGAAACAACCAUACUGAUCUUAUGAUUUUGAAGAACACAAAGAAUGCUUUGGAAUCUCGUCAUUCUGUCUAUCACUCUGCUCUGACUUUUGCCAACGCCUUUAUGCAUGCCGGUACUACCAGUGAUGAAUUUUUGAGGCAAAAUCUGGAAUGGCUCUCAAGGGCUACCAAUUGGACCAAAUUUAGCGCCACUGCUGCUCUUGGUGUGAUUCACAAGGGUCAAUUGACACAAUCGAUGAAUUUAUUGGCUCCUUACUUACCUCAAGAAGGUGCUCAAGGUGGAAGUGAAUAUUCUGAAGGUGGAUCUUUAUACGCUCUUGGCCUUAUCAAUGCAAACCACGGCAAGGACGUUUUAAACUUUUUGAAGAAAGCUUUGAAGGAUACUGAUAAAGAAGUAAUUCAACAUGGUGCUAGUCUUGGUCUUGGUGUGGCUGGCAUGGCAACUGAUAAUGAAGAUAUAUACAACGAAUUGAAGACUGUCUUGUUCAGUGAUAGCGCUGUUGCUGGUGAAGCUGCUGGUCUUGCAAUGGGUUUAGUCAAACUUGGUACCGCAUCUGAAGAAGCUGUGGAUGAAAUGCUUCAAUACGCUCAUGAAACUCAACAUGAAAAAAUCAUUCGUGGUUUGGCUGUUGGUAUUUCUCUUAUCAUGUAUGGAAAAGAAGAACAAGCAGAUGUAUUGAUUGAUCAACUAUUGGACGAUAAGGAUCCUGUUCUUCGUUAUGGUGGUAUUUAUACAAUUGCUAUGGCUUAUAGUGGAACUGGAAAUAACAAAGCCAUCCGACGUCUUCUUCAUGUUGCUGUUAGUGAUGUGAAUGAUGAUGUUCGUCGUGCUGCUGUCACAUCGUUAGGUUUUAUUCUUCUCAAAAAUCCCAAGCAAGUACCUCGCAUUGUCCAACUUUUGGCUGAAAGUUACAAUCCACAUGUCCGAUAUGGUGCAACAUUGGCUUUAGGUAUUUCUUGUGCUGGUACUGGCUAUCUGGACGCAUUGGAUCUUUUGGAACCAAUGACAAAAGAUCCUGUUGAUUUUGUCCGUCAAGGUGCAUUGAUAUCACAAGCAAUGAUUCUUAUUCAACAAACUGAAAACACAAAUCCCAAAGUGGCAGGCGUUCGUAAGCUAUACGAAAAGAUUAUUGGUGACAAACAUGAAGAUCCCAUGUCCAAAUUUGGUGCUGUAUUAGCUCAAGGUAUUAUUGAUGCUGGUGGUCGUAAUGUGACUAUCUCCCUGGUAUCUCGUUCUGGACAUGCAAAUAUGCCUGCUAUUGUUGGUAUGGCUGUGUUUACUCAAUUCUGGUACUGGCAUCCUCUAACACAUAUGCUUAGUUUGGCAUUCACACCAACCGCUAUCAUUGGCUUGAACAAAAACUUACAGACUCCCAAAUUUGAAUUUGUAUCAAAUGCAAAACCAUCAUUAUUUGCCUAUCCACCUGCACUGAAACCUCCUUCUGCAACAGUAGUGGAAAAGGUCGCUACUGCAGUAUUGUCUACUACAGCCAAAGCUAAAGCACGAGCAAAGAAGUCUGAAAAGGAAAAGAGUGAUCAAAUGGAUGUAGACAAAGAACCUCUGAAAGAAGAAGAAAUCAAAGAAGAAGAAGAUACAGGCAAGGAUGACCAACGAAGAAAAAACAAGAAAAAGAAGGAAGAAAAUUUUGAUGUGCUAGAGAAUCUUGCUCGUGUGGUACCUGCUCAAUUGAAACGCAUCACAUUCAAGGAUGAUUGUCGAUAUGUACCUAUCAAGAAAGGAACUGUUAGUGGAAUUAUUUUGAUGAAGGAUCGACGACCCAAUGAAGAUGAAGAAUUGAUUGAACCAAGUGCACCAACUUCAGCUGAUGGUCAAGAUACUGGAAGUGACGAAGCAGCACCAUUUGAACCUUUUGAAUAUCCAUUUGAAGAUAAUCAGUAGACUGUUGUAGUUUUCUUUAGUUUUAGUUUGUUUUUUGUUUUCUUUUUUUUUUAGUAUAAUUAUUAUUUUAUAAAUAUAUAGUUUGGAUGAAUACAGUCAAUGUACGUGCGUGACCCGGAGAAUCAAAUUGUACAAAUGCACCUGAAUGAAUGAAUGAAUGAAAAAGGAUGCUGAGCCCA